UGGUGUCAAAGCGAGGGGCGGGCCCCACCGGCCGGGCGGUUGGGCCGUGAAGGGAGAGUCUUUUCGGCGCUGAGGACGGGCGCUGAGGAGGCGGCGGUGGCUCCUGGGGCGUUUGAGCGGGCUCACUCGAGCCCGCGGGCCGACGCGGACGCAGGCCCAGCCGGCGGAACUGCUCCGGACUCCCCGCGGGCCUUCCUAGCCGCCAUGGAGGACGGUGUCUACGAGCCCCCAGACUUGACUCCGGAGGAGCGCAUGGAGCUGGAGAACAUCCGUCGCCGCAAGCAGGAGCUCCUGGUGGAGAUCCAGCGCCUGCGGGAAGAGCUCAGUGAAGCCAUGAGCGAGGUGGAGGGUCUGGAGGCCAGUGAGGGCAGUAAGACCUUGCAGCGGAACCGGAAGAUGGCAAUGGGCAGGAAGAAAUUCAACAUGGACCCCAAAAAGGGGAUCCAGUUCUUGGUGGAGCACGAACUUCUGCAAAACACGCCUGAGGACAUUGCCCGCUUCCUGUAUAAGGGCGAGGGACUGAACAAGACAGCCAUUGGGGACUACCUGGGGGAAAGGGAAGAGCUCAACCUGUCUGUGCUCCAUGCUUUUGUGGAUCUACAUGAGUUCACCGACCUCAACCUGGUGCAGGCCCUUCGGCAGUUCCUGUGGAGCUUUCGCCUCCCUGGAGAGGCUCAGAAAAUUGAUCGAAUGAUGGAGGCCUUUGCCCAGAGAUACUGCCUAUGCAACCCUGGGGUCUUCCAGUCUACAGACACCUGCUACGUGUUGUCUUUUGCUGUGAUCAUGCUGAACACCAGCCUUCACAAUCCCAACGUCAGGGACAAGCCGGGCCUGGAGCGCUUUGUGGCCAUGAACCGGGGCAUCAAUGAGGGUGGGGACCUGCCUGAGGAUCUUCUCAGGAACCUCUAUGACAGCAUCCGAAAUGAGCCCUUUAAAAUCCCUGAGGAUGAUGGGAAUGAUCUCACCCACACCUUCUUCAACCCAGACCGAGAGGGCUGGCUCCUAAAGCUGGGGGGCCGGGUGAAGACUUGGAAGCGGCGCUGGUUCAUCCUUACAGACAACUGCCUCUACUACUUUGAGUACACUACGGACAAGGAGCCCCGGGGGAUCAUCCCCCUAGAGAACCUGAGCAUCCGUGAAGUGGAGGACCCUCGGAAGCCGAACUGCUUCGAGCUUUACAUUCCCAACAAUAAGGGACAGCUCAUCAAAGCCUGCAAAACAGAGGCCGACGGCCGGGUGGUGGAGGGGAACCACAUGGUGUACCGGAUCUCAGCACCCACACAGGAGGAGAAAGAUGAGUGGAUUAAGUCCAUCCAGGCUGCUGUAAGUGUGGACCCCUUCUAUGAGAUGUUGGCAGCAAGAAAGAAGCGAAUUUCUGUGAAGAAGAAGCAAGAACAACCCUGACCCCUGUCCCCAACUCCAUUAUUUAUUUUGGAGCUGCCCCGCCUGGGUGGCAGGACCCCUGGGCCCUGGGGCUGUGAUCCUGUUCCCCAUUUGGAAAAUCACCACCUCUGGCUCCUGACUCCUUAUUUGUAAUUAACAUGUUGGUAAUCUUAUUAAUUAUUUAA